GCGGCCGGGCGCGCGCGGGGACCUAUUGGCGGGCGCCGUGCGGGUCGGAGCCACGCCCCCUGGAGUGCGUCGGGAGCCGGGCGCGGGAGACCGAGCGGGAGAAUGGAGGUUUGGACUCCAUGACGGCUCAAGGCUGUUUCAUGUGCUGCAUCUCUACCAGAUAAACUUCCUACCUGCCCCGUGCUUCUAGACACACGUAAUGAACCCCUGUCCCUACACACAGUCACAGUGAGCAUCCAGGAUACACAGGUAUAUCCAGCCCAGCCCUGGCCUCUUCUUUUGUGGGUCUCCAAGAUUAUGCUCCACUGGUCAUACCUCAGUGCCACAGCCAGCCAGGGGCAAACCCAUGAGCAUCUGGAGGGCCAUCAUGAAGAAGCCACGAACAGCUAUGAAGAGUCAUCAGAAGAAGCGGGCACCCUGCCAGGAGGGAAGGGAGAAGCGUGUCCUCUGCGGCCGCCAGGUCAAGCCUUCUACCCCCAAUGCCUGUGCAGGGACAAUGCCUGAGUUUCCUGCAGCCCCAGCAGACUUGGCCAGGCGGAAGGAGGGGGUGCUGGUGCAGGCGUCUCUCUCCCCGUACCAUCUCUUCAGAGACACAGCUGACAUCAUAGUCUUUCGGGAGAACCUACUGAGCUGGUACGACCGAGAGAAGCGGGACCUACCCUGGAGAAGGCGGGCAGAGGGUGAGGUGGAUCUGGACAGGCGGGCAUACGCUGUGUGGGUCUCAGAGGUCAUGCUGCAGCAGACCCAGGUUGCCACGGUGAUCGACUAUUAUACCCGAUGGAUGCAGAAGUGGCCAACGCUGCAGGACCUGGCCAGUGCUUCCCUGGAGGAGGUGAACCAGCUCUGGGCGGGCCUGGGCUACUACUCUCGAGGCCGGCGGCUGCAGGAGGGAGCCCGGAAGGUGGUAGAGGAGCUAGGGGGCCAUAUGCCACGUACAGCAGAGACCCUGCAGCAGCUCCUGCCUGGUGUGGGGCGGUACACAGCUGGAGCCAUCGCUUCCAUUGCCUUCGGACAGGCAACUGGUGUGGUAGACGGGAAUGUAGUGCGGGUGCUGUGCCGAGUCCGAGCCAUUGGUGCGGAUCCCAGCAGCACCCUCGUCUCCCAGCUUCUCUGGAGCUUAGCCCAGCAGCUGGUGGACCCGGUGCGGCCUGGGGACUUGAACCAAGCGGCCAUGGAGCUGGGGGCCACAGUGUGCACCCCGCAGCACCCGCGCUGCAGCCAGUGCCCUGUGCAGAGCCUGUGCCGGGCACACCAGAGGGUGGAGUGUGAACGGCUCUUGGGCUUACGGAGCCCGCCGGGCAGCCCUGACGUGGAGGAGUGUGCUCCUGACACGGGGCCAUGCCAGCUCUGCGCGCCUCCCACGGAGCCCUGGGACCCAACCCGGGGAGUGACCAACUUCCCCAGAAAGGCCGGCCGCAGGCCCCCCAGGGAGGAGUACUCUGCCACCUGUGUUCUGGAGCAGCCCGGGGCCCUUGGGGGUCCUCGGAUUCUGCUGGUGCAGAGGCCCAGUUCAGGGCUGCUGGCAGGACUGUGGCAGUUCCCGGCUGUGACCGCGGAGCCCUCAGGGCCACAGCAGCGCGAGGCCCUGCUGCGGGAGCUGCAGAGCUGGGCUGGGCCCCUCCCAGCCCCCCGCCUCCGGCACCUCGGGCAGGUGCGUGAGCCGCGGGAAGUGCAGGGGUGUGGCUUUUGUGGGCACAUCCCUGGGCCUGUUUCAGCCCCUUGGCCCUCCCUCCAGGUGGUCCACACCUUCUCUCACAUCAAGCUGACCUAUCAAGUAUACGGUCUGGCCCUGGAAGGGCAGACCCCGGUGACCGUCGUGCCGCCUGGUGCUCGCUGGCUGACCCGCGAGGAGUUUCACACGGCAGCUGUCUCCACCGCUAUGAAAAAGGUGUUCCGUGUGUACGAGGGCCAGCAGCCAGGGACCUGCAAGGGUUCCAAAAGAUGCCCCAUGUCCACUCCAUCCAGCCGGAAAAAGCCCAGCCCAGGCCAGCAACUCCUGGAUAGUUUCUUCCGGCCUCACAUCCCGACGGAUGCAUCCAGCCUCAACAGUACUGCCCAGUGACACCUCUGGAAGCCCCCACUUCUGAGAAUCCGGUUUUUUAAUAAAGUGCUUAUUUUUAUAGUCA